AUACAACUUAGAAUCCAUUUCAGUUCACCCACCAACCCACCAUUGGACUUCCAUUGACCAAUACCAACUCCCUCCUCUUCUUCAUCACGUUCACCACACCUACUUAUUCUUCUUCUCCAUUGUCAAUCAAACCCAUUCAAACCCUGCAUGGAGACUACUACCAGUGCGUUGCUUGCUUCUGGCUCACAAAUGGCAAGUGGAGAAAUGAGAAAAAAUCCAACCCUAAUUUGUGUUCCAAUUAUGAGCGAUUCGGUAGAGGAGAUCUUGGUUGAUACAGGUAAGGCAAAGGCUAGUGGUGCUGACCUUGUGGAAAUCAGAUUGGAUUGUUUGAAGAAUUUCAGCCCUCAUGAGGAUCUCAAAACCAUAAUCAGAGAUUGUCCUUUGCCCACUUUGUUCACCUACAGACCAAAAUGGGAAGGUGGUCAAUAUGAUGGUGACGAAAAAGAGCGAUUGGAUGUGUUACAAUUAGCCAUGGAGUUGGGAGCUGAUUACAUUGAUAUUGAGCUUCAGGUUGCUCGGGAGUUCAACAAUUCUAUAUCUGGGAAGAAGCCUGAAAAGUGCAGAGUCAUUGUUUCUUCUCAUAACUAUCAGUAUACUCCAUCUACUGAAGAUCUUGGUAAUCUCGUGGCAACGAUACAAGCAACUGGAGCUGAUAUUGUGAAAAUUGCUACCACUGCUUUGGACAUAACUGAUGUGGCUCGCAUUUUCCAGAUAACUGUGCAUUCUCAAGUAAGCCACGUUCCGGUUAUUGGACUUGUUAUGGGUGAAAGAGGUUUGAUUUCACGGAUUCUUUGUGCAAAAUUUGGUGGUUAUCUUACUUUUGGUACCCUUGAGUCUGGAAUUGUUUCAGCUCCUGGUCAACCAACAAUCAGAGAUCUUUUGGAUCUGUACAAUUUUAGACAGUUAGGACCUGAUACAAAAGUAUUUGGGAUUAUUGGGAAGCCUGUUGGCCACAGCAAAUCACCUAUUUUGUAUAAUGAAGCAUUCAAGUCUGUUGGUUUCAAUGGGAUUUAUGUUCAUUUGUUGGUGGAUGAUGUUGCAAAAUUUUUCCAGACUUACUCAUCCAGUGACUUUGCUGGAUUCAGUUGUACAAUUCCUCACAAGGAGGCUGCAGUAAAGAUCUGUGAUGAAGUUGAUCCAGUUGCAAAGUCAAUAGGAGCUAUUAAUUGUAUUGUAAGAAGGAGUGACGGAAAGUUAUUUGGUUGCAAUACGGACUACGUUGGUGCUAUAUCGGCAAUCGAGGAUGGACUAAGAGGUAAAGAUAAUGGUAGUGGCAUAGUCGGUUCACCUUUAGCAGGUAAGUUAUUUGUGGUCAUUGGUGCUGGUGGUGCUGGCAAGGCACUUGCUUAUGGUGCAAAAGAAAAGGGAGCAAGGGUUGCGAUUGCCAAUCGCACAUUUGAACGAGCCAAAGAACUUGCCGACAUUGUUGGAGCAGAUGCUUUGUCUCUUGCUGAUCUGAAUAACUUCCAUCCGGAGGAUGGCAUGAUUCUCGCAAACACAACUUCUAUUGGGAUGCAACCAAAAGUAGAUGAAACACCUGUUUCUAAGGAUGUUUUGAAAUAUUACUCGCUCGUUUUCGAUGCUGUUUAUACCCCCAAAGUAACCAGACUCUUGAGAGAAGCCGAAGAAUCUGGAGCCACUACCGUUUCUGGGUUGGAGAUGUUCAUCGGACAAGCAUACGAACAAUAUGAGAGGUUCACUGGAUUGCCUGCACCCAAGGAACUAUUCCGGAAAAUUAUGGCAAAGUACUAAUAAGGUAUUUUUGGCCAAUCCAUUGCAUGUUGCAGAUUUGGAUUUCCUUGUAAUUCAACUCAAGGCAUUUCUGUGCUUUUGGGAUUUUCCUUCUAGGUUAUUGUUAGCAUAUUUUUUCAUAUGUAAGAACAAUUUGUAAUUUCCUUGAUUUAUAUCACUAAACGAAUAUUCGGGAUAUUUAAAACUUUCUUAGUGCUUUUCGAUAAUUUCGAUAAGUAUUGGUGACAAUAACAUUCUGCAUGGUGUUGUAGCCAAAGGCACCUGUGAUUCUCUUGGUGGAUGGAAUAAUGGCGAUUUGUGUUUAUGUUUC